CAUUUUAUUCUUUUCGUUUUUUUUUAAAUUCCAUUUUUUGAAAAUCGUUGAAAUAUUAAUUCAAAAUACUGAGACCAAAAAACAAACUUUUCUUUUUUUUUCAGUAGUUAUUCGACCAUAAUUUUUACCAUGCACCAAAAAUAUAAUUCAUGGUAAGCAUUUAACAAAUUCCAUAUAUGUAAAUACAUUGUAUAUAGCCAUAAAAACUCAUGUAAUAUUACUCUUAACCUUGAUUAGACGAUACAAAAUCUAAUAAUUCGUACAAAUAAGGAAGACAAAAUUUUGUUGAGAAGAACGGCGUCGUUUUUCACUUAGAGAGGAGACAGACCUCCAAGCUACAAUUCCCAAACCCUAAUCGCAGCUCAAGCAGAGUAGACGACGGCAUGGCGCUGCGAGGAGAUAAAGAUGCAGAUCUUCGUCAAAACUCUUACGGGGAAGACCAUAACGCUCGAGGUCGAAUCGAGCGACACCAUAGACAAUGUUAAGGCCAAGAUUCAAGACAAAGAAGGUAUUCCCCCGGACCAGCAGCGCUUGAUCUUUGCCGGGAAGCAGCUCGAAGAUGGGCGUACGCUUGCGGAUUACAAUAUCCAAAAGGAAUCGACUUUGCAUCUGGUUCUAAGGCUUCGCGGUGGGAUCAUCGAACCAUCUCUUAUGGCUUUAGCCCGCAAAUAUAACCAGGACAAGAUGAUUUGCCGCAAAUGCUAUGCCCGUUUACACCCCCGUGCAGUCAACUGCAGGAAGAAGAAGUGUGGCCAUAGCAAUCAGUUGAGGCCAAAGAAGAAGAUCAAGUAAAGUGGUGGCUGGCUUGUUUGUCUCAAUUGCUUGGUUACAAGAUAGUGUUUAAGAUAUUAAUUGAUUGUAAGACAUUAGCCUUUGACUAUGUUGAGUUUUUUGACAUACAAAUUUGCAAGGAUCUUUAGCCAUUUUCCUGCUUACUA